GCAUAUCGCGUUUCUUCCCCUCCCCCCCUUUUCGUCGAAAAAUUAGGGCUUCUUCCUCCUCCUCCUCUUUCUCUCUCUCUCCUCAGCCGACUCCGAGGACUCUCUCUCUUCCCCCCACGCGCUCGCUAUUUGCUUCGAUCGAUCGAAUCCACUUCUCGCAGAUCUUUGGAAAACCCCGAUCGACCUUGAAGCUCUAGUUCCUAUUCGAAUUUCUUCCUCUGUGCUGUAUAAAAAGUGUUGCUUUGUCAAGAAAUUUGUUCAUUAGUUCUUGGUCUAUCAAGUAGUAAUAUGCCUAAGGACAGGGGAACUCGUUCUGCAUCCUUUGAACGGCAUUCUCGUGCUUCUCCCUACCCUUGUAGUUCAUCUACCAGAAGAAGUGAUUCUUCACAUUCACAGGAGCCACCCGAACAUGCUCUUAUAUCCACUGACACUAAAGAAUGGGAGGACGUCCGCUGCCCUGUUUGUAUGGAGCACCCUCAUAACGCGGUACUACUUCUCUGCUCUUCCCAUGACAAAGGCUGCCGACCAUUCAUGUGCGACACGAGCUACCGGCAUUCCAAUUGCCUCGAUCAGUACAAGAAGGCCUUCUCAGGAUCCAAAACCUCUGAAGGGAAUGCCGAGGACUCGCUUCAAAACAAACUCUCGUGCCCUUUAUGCCGGGGGCUUGUCAACAGUUGGAUGGUGUUGGAACCCGCUCGGCGGUAUAUGAAUACCAAGAACCGUAGCUGCUCUAUGGAGUCUUGUGCCUUCUCGGGGACGUAUGCAGAAUUAAGAAAGCACGCAAGGAAGGACCAUCCGUCUGGGCGGCCUUCGGAGGUAGACCCUGAGCGGCAGCGGGACUGGCGGAGGAUAGAGCAGCAACGGGAUCUCGGGGAUCUGUUCAGCAUGUUCCGGUCGGAUACCAGCGCGGAUGAAGAGUUGUUUGGCGCAAACAGCGAGCGAGAGGAUUUCGGAGGCCGGGUUUUCGCAUUUCCCUCCUUCACCUUGUUUUUAGUUGUACAGGUUAGCCAGCAAGGAGGUACAGACAACAUGCAGCCGACUUUAAGAUACAGGAGAAGCUCCCCAAGGAAUUUGAGGACUGUGAAUCGCCGAGGAAGGCGAGUGUUUCUCUGGGGGGAGGCCUUCAAUGAGGCGGACACGAAUGGAGGAGUGAGCAGUAAUGUUUCUAAUGCCGUCGAAGAUAAUGCAGACAAUGAUGGAGUAGCUGAAGAGGGCCAGCAUAGACGGAGGCGGCAGCGGAGGAUGCCCCAUGAUGAAGCCGAUGAUGAGGACGAGACACUGUUGUGAGAAAGGCAUUUUCCUCGAUCGGUUGCCAGUAUCAGUUCUCCUUCGGAGGGCCGAGCUGGUUGGGGACAAUGAGUCACUUCUUAUCCAGGGACACGGUGAGCUGCAGUUUUCGCAGCCAUCGUCUUCAUGCUUUUUACAUAGCGAUGAAUUAUUUAUUUCCUUGUUUUUGUUAUGUGCUUCUACACAGGGCGGUUGCCGCCUCAUCAUUGUGUGAACACGAGAUUGUGGAUGUGGUGCUGGGCAGGAGAGGGUGGCCGAGGGAGAGGGAAAGGGAAAGUUGGGGAAAAAAAAUUGUAAUAAAAAGGAAAAAAAAACAGUUCAAUUUAGAAUUCAGAUUGAAUUUCACUUUUGUCAUAUAGUUUGGCCGGUUUGUGUGCAGUGAAUGCUUAUUGGCCGCCCAGCUUGGAAAAGCGUUUCCUGCUUUUGCUGGGCCAACGAGGCUCUUGUUAUUUGAUUUUUUUUUUUUCAUCUAUUUUAACAUUUUUUUUUCUUUUUAUUUUUCACUUGAGAAUUGAAUUCAGCUUCUCAAA